AUGACUCUAUUAAAAGCAAUUUUAAAGGCGCAAUCGAAAAGCGAAAAGUAUCCUUCGCCUCCGCCAGAAACAAACAUAAUUCUUAAGAAAAAAAAGAAGUUCCGCCCAACAUGCAAAACGUCAGGCAAAGUUGACAGUAUCCCGCCAAAAUACGACGCCCAAAGACUAAAGAGAAAGAUGCCAGGUUUCGUCAGCGACGCUGUUAAUCUAUACAACGAGAAUAUAUCACUUGUAAUGUCCAUACAGAGGGCGCAUAAGAAGGGACGAGUGGACAGUCAUUGGACGAAAUGGCCGCCAUCUUGCCGACAGUAUUAUGAGCGAAGACUAAAUUCAUAUAAAAAUAUUCGUGAAGAAAACGCACAGAUUUAUCGGCGAUUACUUGGAACUAAACCACGGGUAGAUGAAACAGCAUCAUUAAACAAAGAUUGGUAUUAUAAUAAGAAAACUAUUGCACAUUGUGCUCAAAGGGAAUUCAUUUUAUUCCCCUUAAAACAUACGGAGGACAUUGAGGACCCGGCUUUUGCUCAUGGUGUUUCACGGCCCAGAAUUCAUAUAACACUUGGUAUACGCAACGCCGCUGCAAUGGGUUCUCUUGAAGUGGAGUUGUUCACUGAUGUUUGCCCCCAAACGUGUUCCCUGUUUUUGGACCUUUUAGACGGUGAUGGCCUUGGAUAUGGGUAUGUGGGGACGAGGUUUUUCAGAAAAGUACCAAAUUUAUUCUGGAGCGGCGGUGACGUAGUCCACAACAAUGGUUUCGGCUGUUACGCGCAAAAGGGAAGACAUAAACCGAUCGGGGCUGAGAACUACCAUUUUUCACACUCCAUGCCAGGUCUAUUGUCUAUGCGCGUGACAGAAAAUGAUGAGAUGUGCGGAGUGUUUAAUAUAACGUUUAAAGCAUUACCACAAUUGGAUUUGCGCAAUGUUGUCUUUGGAAGGGUGAUUCGCCCAAAUUCAACAUAUGAUAAUAUCAAAAACCUUGGAUCACCGUUGAGCACUCAGCCUAUAGUUGAAAUUGUUGCUACGAAACGAAUGGAUGGCAAGUGUAUAUAUGGCACUAGAAAUACAAAACUUGCAUCUUUUAAAAAUCAAAUUUUAUAA